AUGGGAUCUAAGUGGCCUAUAUUCUGUACUAUAUGGAUUUUAAUCAAUUCGAGUUUGAGUACCGGCGAAUUCAAAAGGAAAAAGCUUUUGGAAAACAUUGCAGAGAACUAUUGUGAAGCAUAUUGUGGCGGAAUUUGUAAUGAUGAAAUAUACGAUAAAACCUGCAACGAUGAGGAUAGAAAUUUUAUUGCAACCAACGAGUAUCAAUUGAAAUUUAAUGAUGGCGAAUUGGAAAUUCUAUGGAACAAUCCACAUUUCAAUGGCUGCAAUCUCACUCCAAUUACCCAAGAAAAACACGCAAAAUUAAAUGUACUUAUAGUAACUAAAUCUCGUCGUGACUGUCGAGGUGGGGACUAUCUUCGCCAACUUGGCGUGGAAACGGCGAACCGCUUUGAACUACACUUGGAUGUUUUUAGAGCCUUCGAAAGACGAGUCCAUUACAUGAAUGGACCACAAUCCGUGACUUUCUUUUUCCAAGGAAGCGUGAAGUUUAAUAAAAUACACGAUUACAUCAAUGUGCCCAUGAACAAUCUAGAGGAAAUUAUUGUAAACUGUGACAGUGAGUCUGAGAGCCAAGCUGUUGAGUUUGACGCGAAUAUUUUUAAAGGGAAACCCCAUUUGAAAAGUAUUGCAUUUGGUGGAUUUAACAUUGCUACUCUAGGAAAUGAUGUUUUUUCACCCCUUGCCAGUCUAAAAAAGUUGGGAUUCUCGAAGGUUACAAUUAAUAAUCUCUCUCUAAUGAGUCUUAACCCACUUCAAAACAGUCUUGAGCAGUUGGUUUUGGACAUUCCCCAGGAGGUGGACUUGCAGCACUUUCGGACUUUUCCCCAACUUAAAUUGAUAAAAGUAAGAAACUAUAUUCCUUACGAUAACUUGACAGCCUUGCUGUGCACUCCAACUGAAUGCAUAUUUAAGCGAGGAAGCAAUGGCAUAGCGUGUCCUGAUGUAUGUGAUUGCCAAUACAAUUACGAUUAUAUGGAAUUGGAAAUUAAUUGCUCCAACAGGGGACUUACACAGAUUCCUCCACUACCGAUUCCUAUUAUCGGAGACUCCAAGCUAAUAUUUCAAAACAACAGUCUGGCAGAGUUGCCCGAUUUCUCUUCGGCGGGAUAUAGUAAUUUGAGAAGACUGGACGUGGCCAGAAACCAAUUAAGCAAUCUGAGCAUAAGGCACCUACCAAGAAAAUUAGACUAUCUUGACAUUAGCUUCAACGAUGUGAAGCAAAUAAAUUCACACUUAGUCGAAUAUAUCAGAAAUGUAAGCAUCUUCAAGCAGACUGGCAAUCAAUGGCUGGUUUAUUGCGAUGAUGAUCUAUUACUGCACCUUUUUCGAGAUCUCAAGAAAUCAAUGCGAAUGAAAGCCAAAAAACUUCGACCGAUAUUUAAGCAGUUGUCAUCACAAUCCCCUGAGGGAUUCCUCAAGUUUUUGGGUCAGCAUUUCCUAAAACUUGGAUCUACAAGGAGAGGAUAUUUUAUGAUAGACGAGGAGAAGCUAGGUCGGAGUAUGCUUCUAAAGCUAGAUGAUUUAGGUAAACAAAUGUAUAUCCGUGAGUCUAUGGAGUGGCUGCAUCGCAGUUUGUCUUCUGUAAAUGAAGAAUACGAGACAUUUUACCACUAUCAUAUGUGUGGUGUCUGCCCGUACAAAUGUGAAUGCUGCCAGUACCGGAAUAAACCAAAGCUCAAAGUCGACUGCAGGAAUAAAUUUAUUAUUAGCUUUCCAAGUAUAAAUCCUCAUCAACAUUUAGUGGGUCAAAAAGAGAACAUAACUGACUACAUUGAGCUGCAUUUAGCGAACAAUAAUAUAUCCAAAAUUACCACUGAAAUGCUUCCCAAAAACUUGAGUUACUUGGAUCUGAGUAACAACAAUUUGGAGUCACUCGAUAACAGCGUAGUGCGAUUCCUACGAAAGCUCAGAGCCUCCGCUGAGAUUAAACUCUCGGGUAAUCCCUGGACGUGCCACUGUGAAUCCCGGUCACUACUCUCCUUUCUGAGGGAUGAAGAUCCAAAGGAGUACACUCUCAUCCUGAAUCGUUGCAAUAUCUCCCAAGACAAUUGCCCUGACUCCUGCGUCUGCUGUUUAGAUAAGGCCACCUGGCCCUCCUUCAUAGUGGAUUGCGCGGGCGAAGGCCUCGUCAAAGUCCCAAAAAUAUCCCGUAACGUAGGCUACCUGGACUUAAGGAACAACAAUAUAAGCGAACUGAGCCCAACGGAAAAUAUUUUGCUUGCGAACAGAUCACAGGCUUCUCCACUGAAGAUUUACAUGUCCGGAAACCCCUGGUCCUGCACUUGUCAGGAUGUGGAAUAUCUCAAUGCGAUUAAGUCCAUCUCUUCCAGUAUUGCAGACUUUACUGAGAUGACCUGUUCCAGUGGCGAAAAGCUUCUUUCGAUCGAGCAGGAGAACAUCUGCUCCUCUGGACUUGCCUACUACAUUGCCUUGGCCGCCACCUUGGCCGCCGUGCUAAUGGUUACCAACUUCCUGGUAUGUUUCCGGCAGCCGCUCCUGAUAUGGCUCUACGAGCACGACCUCUUCCUGAGUCUGGCCACCCGCAUGGAGCUCGACCAAGACAAGCGGUACGACGCCUUCCUGGCCUUCACCCACAAGGACGAGGAUCUGGUGGGGGAGUUCGUGGAGCGCCUGGAGAAGGGCAGACAGCCGUUUCGGCUCUGCUUCUACCUGCGCGACUGGCUGGCCGGUGAGUGCAUUCCCGACUGCAUCAGCCGCUCCGUCCGCGACUCGCGGCGCAUCAUCAUCCUGAUGACGGCCAACUUUCUCAAGUCCACCUGGGGUCGCCUCGAGUUCCGUCUGGCCCUGCACGCCACCUCUAAGGACCGCUGCAAGCGCCUGAUCGUCGUCGUCUAUCCGGAUGUGACCAGCUUUGAUGACUUGGACAGCGAGCUGCGGGCCUAUAUGGUGUUCAACACCUAUCUGGAGCGAAGCCACCCUAACUUCUGGAACAAGCUGAUCUACUCGAUGCCCCAUGUCAAGAUGCAGUAG